AUGCUGCAGAGUGAAGAAUACUUGGUCACUCGAGAAAUUCUGGCAGAAGCAGUUGAAAGAAACUGCAGAGACGCCCUUGACCACUACGGCGGCAUCGAAUACAUUGCUUCUGCGUUGAGAACAAAUAUCGAAGUCGGAAUCGUAGGCGAUGCAGCCGACCUUAAAUCCCGGUGUGAAGCCUUUGGUUCAAACAUGCCUACUUCACAGCCACAGCCUCAUAGCAUAAAACGCAUCCUGCAGGAUGCUUUACGGGACACCACUAUCAUUCUCUUGUUGUGUUGUGUGAUGCUUUCGUUGGCCAUUGGCAUCAAGAUCAAUGGAGCAGCAGAGGUUUUGGUUGUGAGGAAUGGCUUGGUUGAUGCGAUCCUGGAAUCCGAGCUCGUUGUUGGCGACAUUGUGUGGUUGAGUACCGGUGAUCGAAUCCCUGCUGAUGGCAUUUUCGUAAACGGGGAUGAUUCGUUUAAGCUCAAUGCUGAUUUGGAGGUGGAUUAUUACCGGCGCCCUUCUCUGUUUACCGGCGGGGAAGUGUCUCAAGGCCGGUGCUGUAUGCUCGUGACGUCGGUGGGCGACAACACUGAGAGAAACAGGCUAAUGAGAAGUAUUAGGGAUGAUCAUCGCUUUCAACUGUUGGAUGCUAUUGAGAAAACCAGCUCUAAAUUUGAUAAGAUUUGGCUGAGCCUUUGGCUGGUCCUUCUGGUGGUGCAGUUCGUCCGUUGUUUCGUUGCGAAGAAGGUUCAGGCUGAUAAGGAUCCCAAGGGAGUGAAGAACAAAAUGGAGGAUUUGAUGAAGGAAGUGGUGAAGAAGGAGAGGUUGAAGGCCAAGGGCUUAUUUUCGAUGCUAUUGGUGCUCGUCUUCGCGAGCAGAGAGGGCUUACCUUUAGCCCUCUUCGUCUCCUUGUCGUACGCCUCUCACAGAAUCAAGUCUUGCAAGGCCACUGUAGGGCGGCUUCAAGCUAGCGCCACGGUCGGCUUGAUCACCACUAUCUGCGCCACCGGUUUAGUUUUGAAGCAUUCAGAUCUGGCGGAAUUGUGGAUCGGUUUUGACCUCGUUCACCAUAAUCUUCAAGGGGACGCGCAACUUGUCGAAACUUUGUGCCAAGGAAUAUUACUCCACACAUCACCCAAUGGGUGUUUUGAGGAAAUAUGUCUUCUUAGUUGGGCCAGGGCUGUGCUGGGACUUACUAACACGGAGACGGAGUGCUAUUAUAACUUCUCAUCCACGGUUCGAUACCAAAUGGCUGCGAAUUUAUGGUGUUCAAUUCUAGAAAGCGAAUGCCAAGUCGAAGAUAAAGUAGUGGUGCAUGUCCACUGGAGCGGACCGCCAGACUCCAUCCUGCCAAUUUGUUCCCAUUACUACACCUUACAGGGUAAUAUCGAAACCAUAGACGCGCUCAAGGCCACGGCCUUUAAACAACUACUCGCUCCAUACGGCCAAUGUUGCUUCGCUUUUGAGCGAUAA